AGCGCGCCGCGGCCGCACGUCAUCCAGUUGUCAGCCGGCCGCCGCACACGGUGGUUACGUCGCAGUCGAGUCGAGUCGAGUACCGUGCGCGGAGUUCUCACCAUGGCCCUGCUGCGCCGCCUGGCCUCGAAUGCGCCCCGGGGCCUCCGGGCUCUCUCCUCCUCGCCCCGGACCACCGACGAUCUCGACCUCACCUUCAACAGUCCCCGCGACGCCUUCAAGAGCAAAAAGACCAGCGAACUGGUGCGGGCAUACCUCGUCUACCAGAUAUGUUCGAUCAACUGGAUCGUCGAGAACAACGACAUGCUGAUGAAGCGGCUGCGGCAGGUGGUGGGUCAGCGGCUGUUCGAGGCCAUCAUGAAGGCCACCUUCUACGGGCAAUUUGUCGCCGGUGAGGACCAGAACAAGAUCCGACCAACCAUUGAUAGACUGCGCUCGUUCGGAGUGAAGUCCAUCUUGGAUUACUCCGUGGAGGAGGACUUGUCGCAGGAAGAGGCGGAGAAGAGAGAAGUCAGCGCGUCGAUCUCAGCGUGCGGUGACGCAGCGGAGGAGGGUCAGCUGCGGCAGUACCAUGUGGAGCAGCGUUUCGCUGACCGUCGCUACAAAGUGACCAGCGCGCGCACCUAUUUCUAUCUUAACGAGGCCUCCUGCGAAAAGAACAUGGAGCACUUCCUGCGCAGCAUCGAGGCGGUCGCUGGUAUCACCAAAAGCACGGGCCUAAUGGCCAUCAAACUCACCGCUUUAGGAAGGCCCCAGUUACUUCUCCAGCUGUCGGAGGUGAUAAUGCGUGCGCGCAACUACAUGCAGCAGAUUGCGGGCGGCACGGGCAACGUCCUCACACACCACAAAACCAUUGAGGACUUCCAGCGGUACUUCGGCGACCACGGCAACAAGCCCGAGGUGCAGGAGUUCAUGCGCAAAAUCACCUCGGACAAGGAGGGCGUGCUGCACAUAUUCCCGUGGGACCGUAUCGUGCACCUGUUCCCGUGGUCCAACAUCCUGGAUAAGGACAUGAACUUGUCGGACUCGUUCCGAGUGCCCGACCCUAAGACCGGGCAGAUGCGACGCCUCAUCUCGCAGAUCUCGCCGAAGGAGGAGGAGAUGUUCCGCAACAUGCUGCGCCGCCUCAACCACAUCAUCAUGCUGGCCAAGGACGCCGACGUGCGCGUCAUGGUCGACGCCGAGCAGACCUACUUCCAGCCCGCCAUCUCCCGCAUCUGCCUCGAGAUGAUGAGGAGAUAUAACAAGGACAAGUUCGUGGUGUUCAACACGUACCAGACGUACCUGCGCAGCACCUACCAGGAGAUUCUGACCGACCUGGAGCAGGCGCAGCGCCAGAACUUCUACUGGGGCGCCAAGCUCGUGCGCGGAGCAUACCUCGAGCAGGAGCGCGCGCGCGCGGCCGCCAUGGGCUACGAGGACCCCACCUGCGAGAGCGUGGCCGCCACCACCUCCUCCUUCCACCGCUGCCUCGCCGAGAUCCUGGGCCGCGUGCAGACGCAGGGCAAGGAGCCGCGGCUGGGCAUCAUGGUGGCCUCGCACAACGAGGACACGGUGCGCUACGCCAUCCAGCUGAUGAAGGAGCACGGCAUCGGGCCCGGCGACAAGGUCGUCUGCUUCGGUCAGCUGCUGGGCAUGUGCGACCACAUCACCUUCCCGCUCGGUCAGGCGGGCUACUCGGCGUACAAGUACGUACCGUACGGGCCGGUGGAGGAGGUGCUGCCCUACCUGUCGCGACGCGCCAACGAGAACCGCGGCUUCCUCGCCAAGAUCAAGAAGGAGAAGGGGCUGCUGCUGAAGGAGAUCGGACGCCGGCUGGUGAGCGGCCAGCUGUUCUACAAGCCCGAGGGCCGCUACACGCCGGUGUAGAGGCGGCGGCUCGCGCUCGCCAUCUUGUGAUACUUUUAGCGGGAAACUAAAGUUAAUUAGGAACGUAAUCCGCUUGUAGUUUGCCGACACUGAGUUUCCCCGCGACCCGGCGUGUUAGAAACACCGAAACUGAUAGGAAUUUAAAAGGAGCUAGUCUUUAUUUUGAUUAAUGAAUUUCAAACGUAGAAGUAUUAGUUUUCGAAUGAGGGUUUGUGUUUAAACCGUUUUUUAACAUUGUGACAGAAUACAAAGUUAAUACUAGAAAUGCAUCGGUUUUAUUGUAAACAGAAUACAACUCUGCGCCGAAUUUUUAGCACUUUAUUACUUAGCGGACAUGUAUAAGUGUCGUUAUCUCCAUUCAGUAUUACAAUAUUCGCAGAAACUAUCUUUGACUAUUAAAUAUUCUCAAUAUUUUCUAAUGUGCAGUUGUAUU